AUGGACACAAACCAAUACGAAAAACAAUGCGAACAACAGAAUUUGAUGAACACACUGAAAGAGAUUCAAAGAGAAAACACGAACAGAAGAAUAAAUUGUGGGCAGGCGAAUCCGAGUUCGGGCCCAAAGAAACGCACUCCUUGCUGUACGUUGUCGCCCGUGACGCCGACUCCCCUGAUCAAUUCCAACGUUUGCGAAAGACAGAGAUUGCCGAACAGAAAUUUUUGCACCACCGUCAAAAACGAAUGUGACGUGUCUGAAUUGACCGAGUACGGAAAAGGAUUCAUAGCGAACAAUGGAAAAUUGGCUUCGAGAUGUGUGUGUGUAAAAUUCAACGGUCUUCAAGACUCGUGUCGGCAUCCUGGGUGUUACAACAAGGACGGAUGUUUGGACAAUCCGUUCCCCACGUGUCCACCAGCACAACAGUGGAGAAUGGAUUACAAUCCAAUCAAAAGGAAAAACAGUAGAUGCUAAGAUACCCAACCAGCUGUACACUAUACCAAACACUUAAACAAUAAUAAAAAAACACUGUAUAAAACGUACGAUAUCUACUACACUACUGUAGUAAUGCUAACCUAACCGAGAAGCACAUAUUAAAAUUAUUAUCAUAAAAAAAAAAAAAAAUAAUAAUUUUAAUUUAAUUUGCCCAUUAUGAUUAGGUCUUGAUAUAGCUUAUUUUUUUUUUUAAAUCGAG